AUGGAGCUCGAUAACAGCUCGCUGGAACUUUACUUCGGCAACGGCACCGAAGGGUCUCCGGAGAACACCACCACAAACCUGCCCUGGGACGAUGCCACGCUGCUGGGCCUGCAGGUCUCCAUCUCCGCCCUCCUGGCCCUCCUCACCCUGGCCACCGUGCUGUCCAACGCGUUUGUCAUCGCCACCAUCUACCUGACCCGCAAGCUGCACACGCCGGCCAACUUCCUGAUCGGCUCGCUGGCCGUCACGGACCUGCUGGUGUCCAUCCUGGUCAUGCCCAUCAGCAUCGUGUACACCGUGAGCAAGACCUGGGCCCUGGGCCAGAUCCUGUGUGACAUCUGGCUCUCGUCGGACAUCACCUUCUGCACCGCCUCCAUCCUGCACCUGUGCGUGAUCGCCCUGGACCGCUACUGGGCCAUCACGCGCGCCCUGGAGUACUCCCAGCAGCGCACCAUGCGGCGGGCGGCCGUGAUGGUGGCGGUGGUGUGGGUCAUCUCCAUCUGCAUCUCCAUCCCGCCGCUGUUCUGGCGCCAGGCCAAGGCACACGAGGAGCUGACGGAGUGCAUGGUGAACACGGACCAGAUCUCCUACACGCUGUACUCCACCUUCGGCGCCUUCUACGUGCCCACGGUGCUGCUGAUCAUCCUCUACGGACGCAUCUACGUGGCGGCGCGCUCCCGCAUCCUGAAGGCGCCGGCCAGCCGCGCCAAGCGCUUCACCACGGCGCAGCUCAUCCAGACCUCGGCCGGCUCCUCCCUCUGCUCCAUCAGCUCCGCCUCCAUCCAGGAGGCGCACCUCCGGUCGGCAGCCGCCGCCGCCGGGGUCGGGGCGUCGCCGUCGGGCACCAACAGCGUGAAGGUGAAGCUGGCGGACAACCUGCUGGAGAGGAAGCGCCUGUGUGCGGCGAGGGAGAGGAAGGCCACCAAGACGCUGGGCGUGAUCCUGGGCGCCUUCAUCGUGUGCUGGCUGCCCUUCUUCGUGGGCACGCUGGUGCUGGCCGUGUGCACCCAGUGCUGGUUCCACCCCCUGCUGUUUGACGUGUUCACCUGGCUGGGGUACCUGAACUCCCUGAUCAACCCCGUCAUCUACACCAUGUUCAACGACGACUUCCAGCAGGCCUUCCACAAACUCAUGAAGUUCAGGAGGUGCUCUUGAAGAACUGCUUGUUUGCUUUUCUUGCUUCAUCUUUUGACACUGUUCAUGUGUUGGAUUCAAUUGA